AUGCGUUAUCAACUGCCUUCUCCGCCCGUCUCUGCCGCUAACAAGAUUGCCCAUGCCAUACGCCAGCAUCCAAGGAGCGAGCACGUCCGCGACGACCCCUACAAUGCCAUUCUCCGCGCCGCUUACGAGUUGUAUCAACGCGACGACCAUUGGAAAUGGGGUGCUGCCGUUGAUCUGAUGUCAAGAGCAAUGCGAGAUCCGAGUCUCAUGAGGGAGGUUGAGAUGUGUCUCGGCGAAGAAGGUACGGAGGAUGAAGGCAUCAGGUACACAUACUCGGAGGAGUGCUCGGCGUCGCCUCACUCAACUCACCUCACUCCGUCUCUCGCCGCAAGAUCACGCCUACACACUCGUGCCUGUCUCCCAGCAUCCCCGGAGGUGCCUUUCCGGCCAUGUAGCGCCAUUGAAUUGACGGAUGACACCACCACGGGCAUCACGAAGCAAGCGCAGAGGACCCACAACUUUAAUACAGCCGACGAACGCGCCAUGGGCAGUAGUGAGCAAUCACGCACGACACGAAAUGCACAAACAGGCACGAGGACACACAUCAAACAUGCAGAGCGCAUCAGCACUCCGCAGAUGCUGCAGCACAGCGCUGUGGGCACUCUCGCCUCGAAUGGAACGCUCAUCGAUGAGCACGUUCUCGACGGAGUCACGUACGAGCCUGGUCAAAUCCCAUCAGAUGACGACUCUCUGUACACACACCGCGAUGGAGACGGCAGCAUUAGCGCUUCUGAGAGCUUGGCUGCUACCAGCGAGGAACGCGGCAUCAAGAAUGGUAACAUCAUUCGUGGAGACUCCACCGUCGACGGUCUUGGGCACAGCAGCAACACUAAUGCGGGACUCAGCCGCGACAGCAACGGUACAACCCCGAAUGUAAUCAUCGAAAACCGACGCAUCGGCGACCUGCUUUCCGACUGCUACGACCAGAGUAUGCAGCUCUACGACACCCAUCAAUCCGCCCUUGAUAUACCUUCCUCUCCCCCGGUACACCCUCCCUUCGUCACGCCCACUCGGCUACCUUCGUACAUCGACCACUUCUGGGGCAUGGAUUGGACUUCCGACACGGAGAUCGACGACGUCGUCGUGUAG